AUGGCGGCGACUAAAGCAGUGAGUGAAGCAUUUCAUGUAGACAAAGAAACUGACGAGGUUAUGGGCGAAACGUCAGACGAAGUUGAUCCACAACAAGCUAUCCUGUGUUUAGAAAGUAUCCUUGUAAUUAUAUUUUUUUUCUGAAAUAGUGUUCAAAACCAAAUGAACGAACCAGCAUGUGAGCCUUCGUUAAAGAAUCUUAAUCGUAAGAGACAUUGCGGUUUCCUCAAUAAGAAGUAUCUUCAUAAAAAAGCUUUAUGAAAAGAAGUGUCUAAUUUUUACAUAAAAGCAAAAAAGCUGCAAAAGGUCUUGAAUUAGUGAAAUUUAUGCCACAUGGUUUUAAAAUUUUGAAUGCUUUAGUUGCCAACUACGUUAUUGCACGAUCAGAAAUUAAAACGUUCCAGCUUUUGGUUUUAAAUUCUGAAAGUUACUUAAAUUAGCUUUGAAUUUUAUGAAAAACCUCAUUGUUUGGAUAAAUCAACCCUGUAAAUUCUAUUCUCCAGGCUGUGGAGUUGUUUGCAAAGCUUUACUUGUAGUAACUAAUGGAAUUUUCAUUCUGGUUUCAAGGGUUUGACUCAAAAUGUAUGAAGUGUUCGCUCUUCACUUAUGUGCUGAGAAGUAACCUAGCGAACACUGAUUGCGGGUAUAGUAAUAUCAUUUGGGGUAUAUCGGUGAAUAUUCCCUGGUUCUAACAGGGGUGUAUUUGGUCAUGUGAUGGAUUAUAGAAAGGCCCAUUCACUGAAGAGGUGGUGGAUAUUUAUGAAGGGGCAAAGUGGCAAGGUAAAUAUCCACUGCUAACCAGCGACACUGAGGUCAAUAGUUGUUGUAGUAUCAUGCUUAAACAGUGAGAUAAUAUAUCACAAAAAGAUGGUUUAACUCAUUUAUUCCUGUAAUGAUUACAAUAUUUUCAGGUGCAAAUUCCAAGCGAGUACCUUGGAGGUGAAUAGAAAAGGAUAUUCAUAGUCACCUCUGACCCUAUCCACUGUUUAAGCAUAUACUUAAGAGAUAUUCCCCAGUUUUGGCUGGUUAUUUUGAUGAUGCUAGUCUUUUAGGAGGACAUUUACAGUCAAGCAAAACAGAUUCUAUCUCUAGUGAAUAAAUAAAAUAUUUCUUUAACUUAUAUCUUAAAACAAGUUCUUCCAAUUAUCAGAGAUGCUCAAGGACAACAUGGGUUACGUCAUGGGGAUUAUCAGAGAUAUAGGUAAUAUGCUGUUGUUUGUUUGGUUCACUGGAAUCUUUGAAAUUGGAUUUUUACUUUUCUUUUCUUUAACAAAGAUACAUGUACCUGUAGUACAGUAGUAUGUGUUAGAAUACCAAGGCUGGUCAAGGCUGGGUUAAGAUAACCCAGGGUUAGUGUGAAAUGAAAGCUUAAAAUAAUAUAUAAUUUAAUUCUUUUUGUCCUUAAUUUGAUCAUUGAAUGUCUGAAAAAGAAUAGAGAAAAUUCACCCAAAAAGGCCUUUGAAUGAAGGAGUGAAGAAACCCAGAUUAAAUUUUAACCUUGGGAUAGCGCUAUUUGGCCUUUGAGCAACUGGGCCCAGGAGUCUAAAUAAGAAAGUCAGUUUUGAUGUUUAAAAUUGUAUUGGUGGAGUUAGAGAAAAAAGCCAUUAAAAGAAUUGAAGGUUCAAAUUUGGGCUCACCCACUCUUUUACUUAAACAAGCAAUGUCUUGAUUUUUCCAAGAAUUGUUUGCCUGAAAACAUUCUGGUCAUCUCAGGGAAAGGGGAAAACUGCUAAUUUCAAGUGUUGUGUUACUACUAUUACUGGAAAGAACAUACCAGGAACACCAGCACAUAAGCCAUUUUUACCCAAAAUUUAAAUGACAUACUAGGGGAGAACAUACUGCAAAUUUGCAUGAAUUAUAACAAUUCAUCAUGAAUUUAUAGGUAUGUAUAGCAGACUAAUGAGAACUUCAUAAAAAUAUUCAAAAAUAGAAAUUGGUCAUUGCUUUUGCAAACAUAAACAUGUAAUUCAGUAGAUUUGACAUCCAUACAAUUAUAGCUAAAACUAUUGGGGAGAAUUCAAAGUAUUCUCUGUUUCAAUGUUUGUGAUGUAGUGGGUAAUAGGGCAAUCAGAAUAAAGCAACUUCCCAAGACUGUACUUGUGAUUUAUUUUCCAAAUUUAAAUUACCAAACUUGAGGUGAAACUUUUCUGCAAGUCCAGGUUAUAUGCCAGUUUUAACAGUAAUUCUGAUAAAAAUACAUAACUCUGAGCAAUGUAAUUAUAAUUAGCUUAUCAUUGGUGAUCCUCAAUCCUUAUCAGGCAAUACUGUCAGCGGAGGUUGAGAAGAUUAUACAAGACUUUGAAUUUCCAGCAUGGUUCACGAAACACAUUCAAGGCAAAGAAAUUAACACAGGAACUGCUGAAAGAUGUCAAGUAAAUCUCACAUUUCAUUCAGAUGUUCCCUUCAGAGUUAAGAUUUUGCUAAUAAUACUGCAAUUGUGCUACCAAUAAUUAAAGCUUCUAUUGAAAUAUCAUAGACAAACUAAUGGUAUUCAAUGUUAUGUAUUAUCAAUUAUCCUUAGGGCUUUGGUUUUACAAGUUCAUAUUCUUAUGAUGAAAGCCUGUGUUUGUUAUUGCUUUGACUGGCUAAGUGUUUGAACAUUUUUCUCUACUAAUACCCAGUGGCCUUCUUAUGUCCCUCUGAAAAAGGGAUAUUCUCUUUCUGUUGUAUUUCUUAAAAGUUUUCUUUGAACUUUGGUCAUUGAACACAAUGCAAGUUCAGUGUACAGGUGGCUAUUUAAUGACUGGCUGAAUAAGAAAAAGGAAUUCUGUUGUUUAUUACAGUGGUAGGCUCUUUAGGAUUUUAAAACCAAACACCGAAUCUCUAAAACCAAAUACAUAUUGUACAUUUUCAGAGUGAGUAAUUUUCUUGCUGAAUCCACUUCCUCUGACAGUGACAAAAUUUAAAGCUGUAAAUCAAAGUAACAGAGGAAAUUAUUGAUGGUAGAGAAUUGAGCCUUUGUCUGCCUAAACCCUAAGUUGGAGUGGGGUGUGGGGAAGGGGAUUUCAUAGAAAAAACAUGGGACUACCAUUUUCCUUUUUUUUUCCUUCUCUCAAGGUAUUUACACAUUCCUUUAAUGGAUGCAGAAAGAGCUUGGAGUCAUGCAAUGGAGUUGAAGCUAUUGGCUAACACUGAACUGCGCAAAAAGUUCCAUUACAUUAGAAGACUUCGUAAGGCUGCAAGCCAUGCUACUCAGUUAGAAGAGCUCUGUUCUGGUGAUGUCUGUGAUGCCAGAACAAAACUUGAGGCCCAGGUACAAUGCUUUUAGUUAUUGAAAAUUUUUAAUACCCUCAUAAGUCUUUCAGCAUUAAUAACACUAAGUUUUUCACAAAAGUUAUUACGAAAUAAGACUUCUGACUUUCAAAGUGACACUUGCUACAUCACUUAAUAUUCUGAGCAAAACUUACAAAUAAACAUCCUUAACUUAAAAAUGGGUGUAUUUCCAAAAUUAUUGUCGGAAGGGUCAAGAUCAAAAACAAAGAAAUCUUGGAGCCUUUAAGAACUAAGGAAACUUCCAUGAGGCGCUAAUAAGAACCCAAAAUAAAUUAUGGUCACUUUCCUGAUUGACUUCCAAAAGAAAGGUGCAACACAAUCACAUUUAAAUGUUCUAAAAUUCAAUUUAGUGAUGGUGCCUUACAGAAGUUUAAACAAAAAGAAACAAAUGUAUCAGGUCCAUGCUGCUUAACAUCUUCCAGUAGUUUCAAGUGCAGCAAACUGCAACAAGAGCAAAGGGAGAUUUAGGUGUGUUGUUUAGCAAAUGGCAUUAUACCAACAAAAAAUAUUUUAUUAAUUUACAAUGGUUACACUGGCUUGCACUGGAAAACUAUCAAAAUACAUUAUUCAGAAUGGAACUAACCCUUUGUUGUUUGAUCUUCUGCAAGAAUGUGCCUUGAAACUUUUUAUUUUCACAAUUUGUUGCAGUAUGUACUUAUUUUAGUAACUGGAGACUUAAAAAAAGUCAGUGAGUCUUCAGUGACUUCAUUGUGGAUACCUCUAUCAAAUCAGCACCUCUUAUGUGGGUACACAAUGGGCUACUAGUGGAAUAGCCCUUCCCACGCUAUAAAAUCCUUCAUGGAGUUGGACUUUGCAACCAUUUUGGUCUUACUUUCUUUCAACAGUAUUCCUGUUGUCACCAAUUUUAACUUUGACAGAAUACAUCUCCCUUUUAUUUGUAUGUGCUGUUUUGCUAUAGUCUACAAGUGCAGUCCUGCUGUUGUAUGUACUGUUCUUGCAGCUUUUUCUCAUAGCAAAUUUACUCUUCUUUGUGAACAGGCCUAUGCUUCUUACAUGAAAGGCAGUGUCAGUUUUGAGCUGCAGAAUUGGAAGGAGGCUUUUGAGUUAUUUGGCCAUGCCCAGUAAGUUUAACCCAGGGUUUUCAAAAUGACUUUGAGUAACCAGACUGUGAUGCAUAAUGUGAGACACUAGACCAUUUUAUUUCCAUCAAUGUUAAGUUUUGAAUGAAAGUGAUCCUCGCAGUGAUGUGCACUACUUAGGCAGUAGUGAAAAUAAGGCCUGAAAAAAAUUCAGGCCUGUACGUACAGGCCUGAAUUUUUUUCAGGCCUUAUUUUCACUACUGCCUAAGUAGUGCACAUCACUGCGAGGAUCACUUUCAUUCAUGUCUUUAUCCGCAGUUCAAAUAUAUGACUUUCAUAUAUUCUUAACCGUCCAAUGUUAAGUUUACAUGCUGAAACUGAGCCACAAGUUUUCAGAAAAAUUGGUACAUUUUUCAGAGUAGAGAGUGAAAUUCCCUGGUUGGUGCCUUCUUUUGACAACCCUGUUAUUUUAUUUUGAAUUUAUAUAGGUAAUGCUGAUAUGAUUGUCUUGGCAUAACCCUGUUACUCCAAGGGUAUUAACAUGUUAGAAUUCCAAAGUAGUUCAUGAAGAUGUAUGAUGUUGUUUUGUAUUGGAAGAGCUUCAGAUUACUUUCUUACUUAGUUGGUGAUGUUUGUUGGGACCCAGUACCAAAACUCCACUUUGCACAAUAAAUUCACAUGGGUAUAUAUUGUUUUGGAUUGAUGAAAAAGAACCAUGAUGGGAUUUUUGCAAGGGAACAAAUGGGGCAAAACUUAAUUUUUGAAUGUAAUCAAUGGCUAGUGUUUGAAGCCAAUAUACUUGUGGAAAUAAAGAACGCACAUUUGGGAACUUUUUUUUAGGUUCACAAGCAGAACUUCUCCUUGCAACUAAUUGCAGGUCAUUUGUGAGCUAGGUUAUGGGAGCCUCAACAUCUUCUUUGGGGUUGAAUUUUUAAAGAACUUCUUUGCUGUUCUAGUUCUUUGUGGUACAAUAGCAAGUCCAAAAAAGACCGCUUACAUGUUCUUGCAGCACAAGAAAUUCUUGAGCCUCUGCUUGCAUUUGCAGUGUUUUUGAGAAGAGCUUUUAUUGCAGUUUUCUUUGAAUUUCCACACACUUGCUAGGUUCUUAAAUGGGUUUAACAUAUGUCAAACCACUAAUUCAAACCUUUUGUAUCAAAGCAGUAAUAGCUGCCAAAGAUGAUUUGAAAAGUUUAAGUAAUUUAAACAUUUUUGUAAUUAUUUAUGGUGAGGGGAACAACAAGGUAGUAUUUACACAAUUCUUGUUCUUUGAUUAAUAUGUUUGAAUUAUAGGGAUAUACUCUGCACGCGAGAACCUGCAAUGACUGUGGACACUGCAUUUUAUAAGUACAUUGGCUAAAAACACCAGCCAGCUCGGAAAGGAUUUGUUAUUGACCUGGCCCCAGUUUUUCAAAGGGUAGAUAAUGCUAUUCGACAGAUAAAUUACUGUUUUAUUUUAAACAUUUUUGCCCAUUUUACAUUGAAUAGGACUAUCUAUGAAAAUCUAGCUGGGGCUUUCUCUGAGGAACAGCGCACCAUGUAUCUUCAGAGAGUUGAAGAGAUCACUCCAAACAUCAGAUACUGUGCAUAUAAUCUUAAUGAGGGAACCACAGACAUUAGCGAUUUAAUGCAGUUGAGGUGGAGUGCUUCUUCUGGAAGCACAACACAAGAUCCAGUUUUAGCAGCCAAAAUUGAUGUAAGUUGUAUGCAAAAGGUUGUUAAGACAAUUUUGAAGAAUUAGGUUACAUCUCCUUCAUAAUUCCCACAGCAGUCUCAUGAAUUAACCUUUUGUCAGGUCAUUUUUAAGCCAGAUAUGUUCGUGGCUAUUACCUUCCAACUUUCAUUUUGGAGUUCAUAUUACUGCUCAAGGCCUCAACAAGUAGCAGCACCAAGUACACCAGGGUCUUUGUUUUUAUGUCUGACUUUCCUCUUCAUUCCAACUUUUUUGUUGGUAAUAGUUUUGAGUAGCUGCUGUAGCUGUAGCUGUCUCAAGUUGUGCAUGGAAUCUGCAUGUAGACUGAUGCAAUGCCCAAUCCUAAUCCAAAAGGUCUCAUAGUUUCCUCAUGAAGGACAUUUAUUUGGUGUUGUUUGAAGAGAUUGAAAUAUGAAGUAUUCAAAAACAGGCCUUGUUUUUACAACAAAUCACAAAGGGAAAAUAUCAUAAAUGGUUUAUUUCCCAUAUUACUAUUAUCAUUUCUAUAUGGUCAUGCAAAGCAACCCACUUGGAUUCUCCAAGUAAAUUUUACUGAAAGUCAGGCAUUGCAAAAUGCAGAAUUGGGGUUUAGGCCUCUUGGUUGGCAGAGUAUUCAGUGGUGUGGAAUUUAUCAGAGGGCAUAGGUUCAACUCCUCUGAAUUCAUUUAUGGUGGUUUACUUGACAGUGGGUGCUUGGUCAUUAAACACACAAUGAAAGUGCACAGUCAGAAAUGGCAUUUGAUCAUAGCUGUGGUAGAAAGAAUUUGGCACUCAGUCAAUCAGUUUGAAAAGUUUUGCUCCAAAAUUAUUUUAUUUUUCUUGACAAUUCAUUAACUUUUUCUUUGUCAUAAGCACUUACCUAGGAAUAGUUAUUUGGUAGGUAGUGCCUGCAAUGUAGUGUUUUUGUUUUGUUGUUUUUUUUUAAGAGAAAAUAGCUGAAAAAUAGACUGUUGCUAGUGACUUAAGUGUCUACUGCUUGAGUCCUUGCUUCAAUUUCUAUUCCUCUUUGCUGAACAUAACAUACAUGAUUUUAUACCUACAGGAAGUUAUUGCUCAAACACGCGAGAGAGAAGCAGCUGCUAUGACAGAAGUGAGCUGGAGUGGCCGUAAUGUCCCAGUAAAGAAUGAAAAAGUUCGCUCAUUCAUACUCCACUCCCAACAAUGUGCAAGAGAAUUAGAGAGAGCUAGUACUUUAGACAGCAAGCUUACAUUGUAUGACAGUUUACUCAUGGAGUGCAAGGAUGCCUUGCAAGCAAUCAAAGACGAGUUAAAGGGAGACACAGUGAGUUACAGCUGUUUUCUUCUUUUGCAUUUAUAUGUUACAGUAUUGAUCAAUCUUUUGGGACUAGUCACUUGCAUUAAGUAUAUACAUUCAGUAACAAAAACCAGGUCAUCAUGAUCAAAUGUGCCUUCAAUUUGACAGGGUUCUGGCAAGAUGCGGUCUCAAAAGUUUGAAGCACAAACAGGAAAUAUGCAGUUUCUUCACAAUUACGUCACUUUUAUCCGUUUGAGUAAAACAGUAGAAAGAAACUUGCUUAUGGCAGAGUCAAUGAAAGGCAGUUUACCAGCAGUUCUACAGAAUGCUGCUGAGGAAAUAACAGUAAAUACUGUCAAACGCCUUUCCAAGCCAGAGGACCUUGUGCGAAUAUAUGACAUUAUAUUGCAGGUAUGGUUAUAACUAUUUAUUGGCUAUUACUCAAAGUUGAUCUGUGUUAGGUAUAGUGCAUGGGGUUACAAGAACCUUACAAACAUCAUGCAUUGCCUUAAAUCACAAAAUGUAUUGGCAUAAUACAUUGUAGGCUGACUGACAUUGCUCAGAAUUGUAUUUAUAUCUACUUUAGUUAUCACAUUGUAAUGAUGUCAUGUCAACCUCAAGGCCAUUUGUAAUGUUCAGGCUUAAGCUCUGAAUUGUUGGUUUUCAUGUAAACAUUAAUACAUAUUCCACAAAUGGAAUUUUGAUGCAAGUAAAUGGUUGUCUGGAAAUGCAAGUAUUCCUUUAAAUAGGCCUGAAAAUGACAAGUGCCCCCUCUUUUAGUUCUUGAUUAAAUUUUACCCUCCUUAUCACUUUAAUCUGUAGAGGUAAAUAGUGUAUUUUUCCUAUUUUUUGGUACAUGGAGUUAAAACUGGCAUCUGCAUAACACACAAUGCGAGAACAUGAAUGCCAUAGUCUUACAGGUUACGAAAUUGAAAUUGGCUUAUAUCAUGCAUCAGUGUUCCAUCUUUCUCCUAUUUCUAGAUGUUUGCACAAUUGCUUGCUCAUUAAUGACAUUAUUCACUUGGCCAUCACUACUUCCACUAUUAACUUAAUUAUUACUUUCCAAAUCUACCUAUUAUCACCCUCAUGUUCACUCUUGCUGUCCUCCACUGAACCUAAAAAAGAUGGCAACCUCCUUAUUUCCUUAUCCUUGUCUCCCUAUUUCCCAUCACCUCCCCUCCACCUAAAUAAUGACUGUUCCUUAAAUUUUUGUGGAUAAUCUCUUUAACAAACUCAAGAAAGUAGAGGGCAGAAAUGAUUAACUUAAUGGGGCUGGGCCUUUAGUCUUGUUGUAUAAUGCUAAUUGAACUGAGUGGAGUGCUGGUGGUCAUUGAUUGGGAAAAAGGUGCAAUUUAGAAUUAAAAAAUUGAAUGAUUCUGAAAUAACUGGCACUGCUGAGAGACAGUUAAAUAGUUAGGGGUACCAAUAAUUUCAAAAUGGAUGUACUAAAUAUACAUUACAUCCUUACCUCUAGUGUUUACUGUUAGGGCGAGUCAAAGUCAGCAAUUCACACUUCUUGUUCCCUUUAGAACCUUUCUGAUAUGGCUGAGUUACAAGAAAUCGAUCAAGACUUAUUGUUUUCCAAGGAGGUUGCAGCUCAAAUAUUGGAGUGUAAGGCCCACAGGUAUAAUUACAUCUAACUAAUACAGUACUUAGAUGAGCUGGUUUUGGAUGGGUAACUGAAUGUUUAUGGUUUGUUGUAUGAUUUUAAGUUAGUGAAACCUAUGUUUAAACAAGAUGGGAAUAAAAGCUUAGCAGCUUAUAGGGUCAUGUAGUUUUUUACUCCCUGACCUUUUAACAGUGAAAUUAGUGGAAUUGUUGCUUGAUCCUAAUUUGGCUUGGAGGGGAGGAAUAUUCUGGUUAUUUGUUUCAGUACUAAUAAUUUUCGCAUUAUGUUUUAUUACACAGUCAGUUAAGGUUCUCGUUUACUUACAGUGUCACUGCCUAACACCAUGGAGUAGCCAUUCAUAGUGUAUAUAUGAAAGGCACAAAAAGACAAGACUGAAAUUAUCAAUUUUAAACAUGAAAAUUGGACAAUAAGUCUGUUGAAAUCGAAAUCAAACUUUUUAUUCUGGGAAACUUUAUGGCACUCCUUUUAAAAAAUUCAUUCGUUUUUACUGAAAAUUAUCAAACUAUUACAUAAUCCCAAAACAGUAUAAAGGGUACGUGUCAGUUACUUGUUAUUUGCCACUGAGCAAUUUUCAGGUUAUUUCUAUAUGCAUAUCAGAGUCAGUUUGAUACGGAAUUAUAGAAAAAAAAGAAAACGAAUGCCUUUUUGUUCUGAUCGGUUUUAAGCGGUAAAUACUUUGUUACAGAAAAAAGAAAAAGGAUUCGGAAUAAAGUAAAGCUUUGUCACAUUCAUGACCAUUCAUGUCCUAGUUCAUCCUUCUGAGUGUCAAUUUUUUGCAAUGAAGUGAAUAACAUACAGGCUGUAUAUAAAGUGAAGAAGCACUAACAGUAAGAGGGGGCGAAGGGAAUCAGCUUUACAUCUUUCUUGAGCACUUUCUACUGUUUUUCUUCUUUUCAGGUGUUUAUAUGUAGCCCAUUCGUACUUUCUUGGCAAGAAGUGGCGUGAAGCAAUGUCACUGUAUAACCAUGUUGUGAACCUUGCAAGCUCUGCCAUCACUCAUUUCCAAGAAUUUAACUCACUUGUGCAGGUCUGUCUCUAUUUUCUCCAUUGUGUGUUGGGUUAUUUUGAUUUUGUUUUUCAGUUUGUCUUUUAAUCCAUUUUCUCUAUCCUUUGUCCGAGAAAACUAACGAAACCAGAAGAUCGAGGUACAUGGUUUGCCGUAUUAUUUUCACAUUACAAAAGCUACCUGAUAUGUUUGAGAACUGUAACUUUUCUUAAGUGGUUGUACGUUUUUGGCUGAGUUUUCAUGCCGUAAACAUGGGCCUUCAAGAGUCCUUGAAAUGAGAAAAAUUUUGAUCAGGUGGGGAUGAACCUUAAACUAGAUUCUGGUUUUUGUCUAGGAAUAUUCAUUCCCUUUGUUGAAUGGUAAUAAUAUGUACUUAUGGACUGAGUGGGAGGGCUGAACGGGAGAAUAUUUGGCUCAAGCUCAUGACUUAUCGACCGAAUGCAGCAAGGUCCGUGCGUCAUGAAGAAGAGCCAUAUGUUCUACCUUCCGGCCUAACCUACAUCAGUCAAUAAGCAUUUCAUUAUAUGACUACCAAGUAUUGGAAAUUUCGAAAAUUUUGUUUUAACUUUGAUAGAAAGCGAUAGACUGGCCCGCACGGGAAAACCACAAAAAUGAUUCGUUAAUAAUUACUUUUCCAUCAUUUUCUCGAGCGAGUACAAGAAACUCACAAUUCAUGGAAACACGUGAAACACUUCACUUGCCUUUCGUGCCAUCGGUCAGGUUGAUGAAUGAACGGCAAAGCCUUUACGAUUCUCAAUACGAGGUAGUUUGUCGGAACUUUCUCGGAUUAUGGCGGCUAAAACAUUAAGAAAUCCGUAUUGCUCACAGACAGUGACGUUCAAACUUUCCUAGAAGAGGAAGAAAACCAAUGUAUGAAAAGAAAAAUCAAAAGUUCGGUAUUCAGUGGCCUUUGGUAAUAGUGUUUCUAGCGGCUGAGAACGAAAAGCGACAACUGAAAGAUUAGCCAUUGACCGAUUUUGGCUGUUUAGACUUCUGUAAAGGCUUCUGUAAAGACUUCUGUCGGUAAGGACAAAGUCAAUGAAGGAGAAUUUUGUAAAUUGAAAAUUACACCCAUUGUUGCUUUUGAGCCUUGUCGAUUCUUUUAUUUUCAUUCAUCGAUGAACUUUGCUUUUCUUGUCACCAGAGAGCAAUUGUGUUUAUAUGAUAAACAAAAUAAUACAUAGUUGCUUGUAGAUAUGGACUUUCUCUUGAAGUCUUCGACUCGACAUCUCACUCGCUCGCUGCGCUCACUCGUGCAUUAGCUAUCGAGUUGAAUACUCGAAGAGAAAGUCCACAUCUAUGCGCGCCCAUGUAUUCUCUAUUUAUCUUUAUUCCUUUAGAAAAUGAAAGGCACAGAAAGUCAAUAUGGCGUAAUGAUGUGUCUCUUUUCUUAGUAAAGAAGUUUUCAGUCGGCGUGGACAACUACUGUUAUAUUUUCGAUUGGGGUUUCUAUACAUUUAGGGCUUGGCCCUUCAGUGCAAAGUUAAGUUCUUUACAUAUGCUGCAAAGAUUUUAUGUACUGCGCACUAAACAUAUGGAAAGCUUUGAAUUAUGACCCUUUUUGUUUAUGUAAACGGAGCACCUUUCUACUAGUACGCACCUAAGUGCUACGUAUCUCAUGGAAAUUUUUUCCAUUUUCAUUUUAUAUCUCUUUUUUCUUUUUUUUAGGUGAUAAGCAGUCUUCAAGAACUUUUGUCACAAGCCCAAGGCUUCAGAUGUUCUACUUAUGCAUCUUGCCUUCUAGGUAUGCUAUUAUUUAGUUCAGAGCAUCGAAGGACAUUGUUGAGUAGGUGAGCUUGCGAAAACGUCGAAAUACAGUGUUUGUGUUAUCAACUAUCCGAGCUGAUGACUUCGUAACUCCUUCCUUUCUCGGUCGAUCCUUAUCUUUUAUAGGCACAGCGUUUUAAUCACGCAGAUUUUACGAAUUAUCUUUUGUUUAUAGAACUGUUUCUCAACUAUGAUGCAGAAUGAAUGAAAAAUACAUAUAUUUCAUCACAAAUCCAUCUUAUUUUGACAGAGAAUGAAGAGGUAUCAGAUGAAAUCGCAGUUAUUACUUUGAAUGAUAAGGUAAUACUGAAGUAUAAAUUUGUAUUGAAUGUCUAAUUUUAACAUGAUUGAUCGUAUUCGGUUGCUUUACCUCUGCUUUUGGCUGAUGGAUUAGGGACGAAGGGUGUACAGUGUGAGGUAAAUGCCACAUUAACUGGCCAAGAGCAGAAAAGUUGCUUCACGUGGAAUAAAUUCUUCCCAUUCCACUAGCACUGUGUAGCCACUAUCCAACGGAAGAAGUUAUCUACGUAAACCUACCUUGACUUUUGCUUGCCGGAAAAAAGUGAUUUAGUUGUAUCUUCAAAAUAAUCUAUGAAACAUCGACGCUUUACUUGACGGCUUGAAGUAUUACGACGCAGCUGUUAAAAAUGAGCUUUGUUCCACGAUGUUGUCCUAUCUUAAAAUAUCAGUAUGCACAAGUGAAAUCUAGAAGCCUAUUGAGUCACCAUGGUAAUUAGCUGAAGAACGAUUUAGCAAUCAGAUAGCUUUACACUAUGUAUACGCAAUGUUGUUUUCUCCAACAACCUUCAUCCGUUGGAUCACCGUUUUAGGGAAUGGCAUAUUUAUACGCUGGAUAGGCUUGUCUGGUGCAUGAAAUGUCCUGUGAAACUACGCAAACACUUGGAAGAUUAGUCUAUUAAUUGAAUCGGUAGGGGUCUCAAAAUAAAUGAAUGAGAGCAACAGCAACACUUGACUUCUAUCAGCUUUUUAGGUGAGCGAAUAAAGCAAAGGCCCAGAAUUGUUUUUAUAAAUGAGGAAAUAAAUAACCCAUUAAUGAGCUACACUACAACAAAGCGUAAAUUUACAAUAUCAUUUAUCUGCUCUCAAUACAUUCCAGUUUUGAUUAAUUUACUUUCAGCCUGCUAGGUCGACAUCUCAGUUUCUAGAAUAGCGUCAAUGAGCUGAUAAGCUCAGUCAGACCAAAAACUGGCUUAUUAAUGAAUCUCUUUCUGCUUUCUUCAUUUAGCCACUCAGUAAGCGAUUGGAAUACUAUUUUUCUGACUAUUCGCUGACGACUAAGAAGCCGCAGGUUACUUCAUUUCCACCAGAUUUUAAUCCGAUACCUUGCAAGCCCCUGUUCUUUGACCUAGCUCUCAAUCAAGUCAAGUUCCCGUCAUUAGCUCACAGAGUAGAGGAAAAGAAAAGUGGCGGACUAGCUGGAUAUUUCAAGGGUUGGCUGUGGGGCUCUGGACCUUAAAUAACUGUUUGAGAUGAACUAAAUGUUCGGUCAAUUUUGAGCACAACUGUAGUUUAGUCUAUUUUCAGUAGCUUGGGUUAAAACUAAGGCACUUUGUGUUGAGAAUAUUUCACAGAGAGUGUAUGAAUAGUUCGAACCAACUUUUGCACCCUGAAUGCUGCAACGAUUUACGAUGUAAAUCACUAAAUGGAGCACCACGAAAUGUAAUCUGCCGGAGAUUUAUUAACCUUGGACGCCAAAGGAGUAGAUGGUUUCUCUAGACAUGGGAAAAAUCCAGUUCUAGUGAAUUAUAAUCGUUUUUGCCGAAGUUUCAGCUACAUACUGCUAGUCUUUGUCAAGCAGCGAAACGCCUGCAGGCGUUCACACGGGAGUUUGUGUCUACCAGUGGAUUACAAUAUUCGGAUCUAAGGUUUUAAUAAACGCUCAUUACGGUCAACAAUUGUCAAGGAGUCCCUAUAAAUAACAGAGUCAAGUUCAUGGAAUGAAUCUACUGAAUAGGACAACUUGCCUAGAUUGGCUGUUACUGUUCCCUGAUAGUACAGGUAAUUUGUUGUCUUAUCGUGAUAUAUAUUCGCAUAAAUGAUAUGUGCUUCUUUGUUUCGUGAUAACGCAAUUAGUAAGGCUUCGCUGUGAAAAAAAAACUGAACAAUUACCUUUCCCUGUAUUGUAGGUUCAAGCUUUGAGGAACUUAUAACAUUUGCAUAGCUAAUCCUUUGAACAGAAAAUGAUAGAUUCACAUUAAGUUUGCCUGGAUCACAUUUCAGAGUCGAUAUGCGAAUUUGUCUGUUAACUGGUGACAAAAACCAAGACAAAAAAUGACCAGGCAAUAUUUCGCGGAGAAUUGUUUUAUUCAAAGUGGUGCUAGCUUUGCCUUUGCACGCGAAAAACUUACAAAUUUCUUGCCUUUACAAGACCCACAAAAAGGGGUUCAUACUACUUGGAUCCUUGUGUACAAGACUUCACCAGAGAUUUGCGUUGCAUCGCGUUGAAAACUUUGCAACUGUCAAGAAGGAGAUACUCGGUUAAAUAAUACUUUAUGGAGGUAUCAACACUGUAAAAUGAUAUUGUCCCACUACGGAAUAGUUAACGUUGCCAUAGCCUGAGUUGGCGUUUAUUUUCAAGCCAUAACUCAAAUGUCUUUUCUAGAACCGAAUUAAGGGCUGAGCACUUAAGAGAGGAUGUCAGCAUCCAUCGAACAAAUUUGAAAAAUAGUGGCAAGUCGACCAAUAUUCGUUUUCUCUCCUACUUUCAUAUUUUGUAGCCCAAUAUGUCCUAAUGAUUGUGGUGUAGUUUUUUUGUAAAAAUAUUUUUUAGUUUUCGAGAAAUUUUUUUCGUUCGACUGCUCAAAUACGUAAAUUUUCACCGUGAAUACUACCCGGGUUGUGUGACCUCGUGUAACGAAUACACUCGACCUCUGGUAUUUCUGUCAACAUAAUCCUUCGUUUUAUCAUCUAAACGUAAUCCCCUGUCAUUAUUGAAGCUGGCAAAGAAAUAUUUAUUUUUUUGGUGAAUAUUUUUGUCCGACAUACUUUUCCUAUGUCGAAAAGUAGUAUCAAAACAAAGACGGUUUCAACAAUGACCGAUAUGACAGAAUCUACUGAGCUUCUAGCUUUUAAAAGACAAAAGGAUGGUUAUGAAGUUACUGUAAAAAUUU